AUGGAGAAUGAAGGAGGCAAGUCUGAGUCCAGACAGGUGUGGGAGGCAGUCCAAGUACAGGCCGGCCUGGGAGACGAGUCCUGGAGGCAGGUCCUGGGCUGGACGCCAGCACAAGGAAGCAGCAAGGCCUCGAGUUCUGAAGACUGGCGGAUUUGUAUUUACUUGGAAAUUUACACCAGUGAUUCUCUUUUUUUUUUGUUUUCUCAGCCCAAUUACACAGAUAUUAAGAAAUACUGCAACCAAUGGAGAAACUAUGGUGACAUCAAUGACUCGUGGGGGUCUGUGAAAACUAUCAUAGAUUGGACAGCCAAUCAUCAGAGUCUCAUUGCCCCAGUAGCAGGUCCUGGAGGCUGGAAUGACCCUGAUAUGUUGGUGAUUGGUAACUUUGGGCUAAGCAGAGACCAGCAGAUGACCCAGAUGGCGCUCUGGGCUAUCAUGGCAGCUCCACUCCUGAUGUCGAACGAUCUGCGGAACAUCGACGCAGACUCCAAGGCUUUACUUCAGAACCAAUAUGUCAUUGCCAUCAACCAGGAUCCUCUGGGUGUUCAGGGCCAGCGAGUGAGCAAAUUGCGUAACUUUGAGCUGUGGUCUCGGCCCCUGGCAGACGGAGGAUUUGCAUACGCCACUAUCAAUCGGGCUGAGAUUGGGGGCCCACAGAAGUUUUCCAUCGUUGUUUUUAGCCUAGACUCUGGCAAGGCCUGCCAAAAGGAGUGCCUCGUCACACAGAUCCUGCCAGCUUUCCAGUUCCGGGGUAUCCACGUCCUGACCUCGGUGCUCGAGUUCUGGGUCAAUCCUACUGGCACUGUCCUGUUCACUGUCUACCCUCACAACACAGGUUCCUCGGGCAAUGUGGAACAACAAUUCAGGCUGUGAGCUGUGUUUUGUGGAAUCUUAAUUCAUCGCCCUGCUGCUGCUACUGGUUCUCAGAACUGUUUCAAAGACUUUGUCAAGUGCAUCAGAGCAGAUCAAUUUAAAUGUAAUUCCACUAGCACACAGGUUUUUUUCUUUUCCCCAUAUUCCCUCAUCCCACACAAGCUUUCCUGAUUGCAACCCAUACCCCUGUGAAACCGAAUUUUCAUCAACACCUUCCCCCUAUUCCACUAGCUCCUCCUGAAUACUUGGGUCUCUCAUCCUUGUUGUGCACCUUGCACAUGUGAGAAAUAAACUGAAGCACUUGUUGCUGUUCUCUGGACAGCCCCUCUGGAGCAUGGGGGUGGAGGAGCAGUGGUGUUUGAUCCGAGAACGGGUUUGAGAACGUCACUUUACCAGACUGUGCCUUUCUAAUGGUCUAGCUAUGUAGACAGCCCAGAAAUCAAACACUGCACAGUAAAUAACUACUUGAGAGUCAUGAAACUUCUUCAGUUAAGUCCUGAAACUGGAUAUCUCUCUAGAAUCCAUUUACUGAUGCCCACCAAGUCAUCAUUCCUCCAAUCGAUGAGCAAGAAUACACGUGAACAGUUCAUACACUGAAUGGUCUCCUGUGUCACUUGUAUGUCAUUUCUAUUUUGUAGAAUCGGAAUCAAAUAGGAGAAGUGUGCCCAUGACAGCUACUAUCACUCCACCCUUAUCUGCUUUCCGGAGGGACUACUCUCUCCGUGACUCCCUUGUCCAAUUCUGGGUUAUGGCAACUGCUCAGAAUCAGCUCUAGUAACUCAGGUCUCUGCUGCUGCCUCAAUUUGUGGGCAGCUAUUAAGUGAUUUGGAUGAUUUUGGACAAUCUAUAGUUUUACUAGAUAAGAUUUAUUUUCUCAAAUGUCAUUUGAUAAUUUAAAUAUGAAUAGCUGGCUCUUAUAACAGGAAUUUUUAAUCUGCUUUAUUAAAUUAUACAAUCUCUA